CCGUGGUGAUCGCGUGUGUGGUGCCGCUUGCCGCUGUCCAUGUGGCGCCGUCCGUAGCUGGCCAGUUCGUCCAUGUAUCCUGCGCCCGCGAUGCUGAAGAAGGAAAAACCUAUGCUGUCGGUGGCCGCCAUCAUUCAAGCGCAGGGCCGCUGGGACCGCUCACUGGCCGGAUUGGCAGGUUUCGAUGCUUCGCUGGUCGGCCACAUGGGCCCGCUGUCGCCGCCGGAUCUGAAGCCCGACCUGAAGCCGGACAUUUCGCUGCUGAACGGCAGCGGCGGCGGUCCGUUCUCGCCCGGCAACAAUUGUGGCGGCAGCGGUGGCCCCGGAAGUCCGGGCAGCGUCGGUGGUGGAUCGUUCAAUCCGGUUGCGGCCGCCGUUCUUCAGCAACAGAAUGCGCUGUUGGUCGGCGCUGGCCUCGGCAAUGGGGCCGGCGGAGGUCCACAGAACAGCAUGCUGGUCGGUGGUAGUGGCGGAGGAGGACAGCAGCAGGGCAGCAACGGCGGAGGUAGUGGGCCUGGAACACCGUCCAACAUAACGCAACAGUACCCGCCCAACCACCCGCUCAGCGGCUCGAAGCAUCUCUGCUCGAUCUGCGGCGAUCGGGCCAGCGGCAAGCAUUACGGUGUCUAUAGCUGCGAAGGAUGCAAAGGAUUCUUCAAGCGCACGGUACGCAAAGAUCUGUCAUACGCCUGCCGGGAGGAGAAAAACUGUACGAUAGACAAACGCCAAAGAAACCGCUGCCAGUACUGUCGGUACCAGAAAUGUUUGGCAUGCGGCAUGAAGCGGGAAGCGGUCCAGGAGGAACGGCAACGGAGUUCCAAAUUUUCCAUAAAGAGUGAGGAAAUAAACUCGACCAGCUCGGUGCGGGACGUUGUGGUCGAUCGAUUCCUAGAGGCUGAGCAGCUGGGCGAACAGAAGAGCGGCGACAAUGCCAUACCGUACCUGCGGGUUGGCCCGGGUUCAAUGAUUCCACCGGAAUAUAAGGGCGCCGUGUCGCAUUUAUGCCAGAUGGUCAACAAGCAGAUCUACCAACUGAUCGAGUUUUCUCGAAGGUUGCCCAACUUUUCCAACCUACCGCGCGAGGACCAGGUCACGUUGCUGCGCAGUGGCUGGAACGAGAUGCUGAUCGCUUCCGUAGCCUGGCGGAGUAUGGAGUACAUUGAAACUGAGCGACCGGCGGAUGGAAGAAGCGAUGGCCGUGUGACGAUCCGGCAGCCACAGCUCAUGUGCUUGGGACCGAACUUUACACUGCACCGGAACAGCGCUCAACAGGCCGGUGUCGACUCGCUGUUCGAUCGCAUCCUAUGCGAGCUGGCGAUCAAAAUGAAAAGACUGGACGUGAAUCGGGCCGAGCUGGGCAUACUGAAAGCGAUCAUCCUGUUCAACUCCGAUAUCCGAGGACUCAAGUGUCGGAAGGAGAUCGAUCAGAUGCGCGAGAAGAUCUACGCUUGUCUGGACGAGUACUGCAAAACGCAGCACCCAUCGGAGGAUGGGCGGUUUGCGCAGCUUCUGCUGCGGUUGCCAGCCCUUCGCUCGAUCAGCCUCAAGUGCAUCGAUCAUCUCAACUUUCUACGGCUGCUCGGUGAUAAGCAGCUGGACAACUUUAUCAUUGAAAUGCUCGACACCCCGUUGUAGGUGGCAGGGCACGAAAGGGUGCCGCGCGGCUGUACGCUACUCCUCGUCUCGGUGCUGCUGAUCCUACUUCUGCCGCUGACAGACGCCGGAUUGUUUGGGUUACUACUUUCGAUUGCAUUUUUCAAGCACAACAGCCUGCAUGCGAGGUGGUAGAGUUGGGCACCGUUGACAAGCUCCCGUUAAGUGAGCCGCUCUGUUCACAGAACAAACAUCAUGCAUCAUGUACUCUUCCUCAUUCACAACGUGCUGCACAAGUGAGCGCAAGUGUAAACCUAGCAUGUAAUACGGAUCACAAAAAAAAACACACAUUUUUGUUAGGAAAACGAUGAACAGCAGAAUACCCAGGAAACGGGAGUGUGAUGCUGAUAAAGUUGUGAAGCAAAAGUCCCCCAUACAUCAUUGCAUUAGAAAAUAACGUAGAAAUCGCCGCUACUACCGAGGUUCGGCUCGAGGUGCAUAAACAGAAUGUGCUGAGAAAGCUUGAGGACGGUAGAAAUCUCGAUAGGACGAGAGAACAGAACUCGAUAAAGGAAAGUGCAAGAAGCAAACAACAAACAGGCACACACACACUUAGAACAGAACUUAGAAGGAACAAAACAAAAUGAAAUAUGGUGCAAAUAGUUUUUAUCAAAAACUCAAACUUAAUCCCGUUAACAGUGUAAGCAAAUAGCUAUAAAGUGAUAAGGGUGAAGGUGAUCUAAAAUGUCGGACACGGACACGGUAUGCCAGGCCGGCACCGCUCUAGUGUGCGGCGUGUGUGACAUUUGGCAGCUAAUGAAAUAAAUUUGCCGAUCCAAAUCGGUUGACAACCUGGGGCAAUACCAUGAGCGAGAAAGAAGACAAUGCGUGUGUAUGCGAGUGUGCGAAUGAAUGGCGAUGGCGUCCGGAGGAAAAGAUGUUUAAAUUUUACGUAGUUUCAGUCUUCUAGUGUGUAAGCUAUUGAGGAAGUUAGUAGAGAAGAAGAAGAACAAACCACACACUUCAUCCUUCAGACACGUAGCAAGAAGCGGUAUAGAUGCACAUAGUGAACCGCACGCGUUAAAGAUCGCCCUUCGAAGGGCGAUGCAGACUUUAUGUAGGCUUUCCCGGGUCACUGGAACUGUCUCAAGCUCAAUCGACGCAAUGCGUUUCGUGGGUUCUUCGUGCAAAGUCUCAUUACUUCGUAAAGUAUUGUUAUUCCCAUUUCUUUUUUUUAUUAUUACACUCUUAUUCGUUGGCUUUGGCUCUCUUACGAAAUGUGUGAAGGGUUUGCGGAUGGCUCAGGAACCGGUAGUGUCCGCUCAACUCAUUCGUAUAAUAAUCUAUUUCGAACCGAAUGAUGCUAGAGAUGGUGUGUGCUGUAGAAAACAUUGGGAGCGCACGUUGCGCAAUCAGUGACACUCGUCCAGGGACAGUUUGUGGUACGUUUCGUAGGCUCGUUUUGCACACUUUUUUGUUACACAAAAACUACUACGACGAGUAACCUCAACAAUGUAGUAAUACCAACAUGCUACCUACUUCCCUGCAGCUCAUUAUUUUUCAAGUAUUACCACACCCGUUGUAGAACCCGUGAAUCGGGUAUUUAUGGUCGCACGUGAAACAACGUGCCACGGCAAGAGACUCUACAAAGCGAAUAAGCGUAAUAUACACAACUAAUGAGUGAAACUGUACGACCUGUUGAUCGAGCGAUACCGAGCGAAGGCACAAACUCACACAAUAAAACAAAUAUUUAUUAACGAUUGCAACCUGCUCCUGCGCGGGACCCGUUUUCCCGCCGCGUCCUUCCCG